UACGGCGCUGCGGAGGCGGCGGCCAUCUUGGCGGCGGAGCGAUGAGUGGGUCAUACUCGAAGGCUGCGGCCGUGGGGUCCGCGGCUGGGCCCGGGGGGCUAGUGGCUGGCAAGGAAGAGAAAAAGAAGGCGGGCGGCGGCGUCCUGAAUCGGCUCAAGGCGCGGCGGCAGGCACCCCACCACGCGGCCGACGACGGCAUCGGGGCUGUGGUCACGGAGCAGGAGCUGCUGGCUCUGGACACCAUCCGGCCCGACCACGUCCUGCGCCUCAGCCGGGUCACCGAGAAUUAUUUAUGCAAACCUGAAGACAACGUCUACGGUAUUGAUUUCACCCGCUUCAAAAUUCGAGAUUUGGAGACAGGGACAGUGCUUUUUGAGAUUGCCAAACCUUGUGUUUCAGACCAGGAGGAGGAGGAGGAGGAGGAGGCAGGUGGAGAUGUGGAUGUCAGUGCAGGCCGCUUUGUCCGCUAUCAGUUCACACCGGCAUUUCUCCGCCUUCGGACCGUCGGGGCCACGGUGGAGUUCACGGUGGGAGACAAACCUGUGUCAAACUUCCGGAUGAUUGAACGGCACUAUUUCCGGGAACGCCUGCUGAAAAACUUUGAUUUUGAUUUUGGCUUCUGCAUCCCCAGCAGUAGGAACACGUGUGAACACAUCUAUGAGUUCCCCCAGCUUUCUGAGGAUGUCAUUCGUCUGAUGAUUGAAAAUCCCUAUGAGACCCGUUCUGACAGCUUCUACUUUGUCGACAACAAGCUGAUAAUGCACAACAAGGCUGACUAUGCCUAUAACGGAGGCCAGUAGCUUCAGCAGGAGCAGACGGGGAGGUGCUUUGCUGUGGCCCGAAUCCCUGGCACCCAGAGGUGGUUGAAGCUGCUGUCGACACACACCUAGACCUGGCCCCAGGGUGCCAAGGCUGGGAUGGCAGUUUCUUGUGCUCCAAAAGAGAUGCCAAGCAGUGCUGUGUUUCCUUCCCCAGUUCUUUUCUUCCCUUUUCCCCUGCCCCUUAGGUUGCAGAGGUACUAUGGUAAAACUUAGGAUAAGACUCCUGGAAUCCAGAUUAAAAAAGGAAGUUUAUUUUCAUGCCCUCAUGGCUCCUCCUGAUUGUGCUGGCGAGCCUGGGUCUUGGGGACACUGUGAGGAGCUGAGACCCACCCGCCUUACCUGCGAGGUUGCCAUCAGCACCCUCUGACCUCAGCCUGUGCUUAGUCCUAAACUGGCUGGAGAGAAGCCCGAGGGGGUAGAGGGAAGGAGUGGUGUGGGAGUCGAGGCAUUAGACGGGCAAGGCUGCCAAAGUGAUGGAGCCCUGGCCACAGAGGCCGCUUCUCUGACUUCCAGGAUCCUCAGCUGGUGCUCCCUGGGCUCUGCUGAGGUUUCAGCCUGCCAGUGCCUUCCUGUUCUCCUUCUGGAGGAAAGAUGAGCUUGCUCUGCUUCUCCUGGCGUCUCUCCUGAAAUAGAAUGUAGCAGUUUUGCUCUUAGAACUGUAGUAUCUCUGGAGGCCAGGGCAGGUCUCAUUGUAUUUUGGUAUUUUAUUUCCAGGCUUCUUUGGGGGAGGUUUUAUAGAAUGUCAGGGCUGUUCCUUGCGUAUGUGAUGUGCGGCUGGACUUCUGAUUGUAUUCAUCAGGCUCCUGGGGCUAACCUGGCCCUAUCUGCUUUUGUACUGAAGUUGUUCCAGGAACCAUCCUGGCAGGUCAGACCUAAGUCGUGCAUGUUCUCUUCUCUCACACUGCCAGCUGGAGGGAUUUAGGGUAUUGUGAAAGAGGGAGAGCAGCUGAGACGGCCUGUCAGGGAGCUGUGUCCUCAAACACACUUCCUUGCACAUCCCUCAGCCCCUUACUGGAUAGACCCCUCAGCUUAGCUCCCUACAGUUGCCUGACUGUGUUGGUGGAUAUGGGUGCACAGCCCAAAUUCCUGACCAUUUGAUAAAAUUGUUGCCAAGAUUUAGCACUAAUAGGUCAUGGUAGGAAGGGCUCAGGUAUGUCGUGUCUGUGACCGCAGAGCCAUCUCCCUAGGUGCUUGAGAGAAAGGCCGGGUGGGGCCAGGGGGAGAAGGGCCAGUGCUUUGCCACAGAACCCCCCCCCCGCCCGACUGCAUUCCCUGACCAGUAUUUCUCCCUGCUUGGACUUUCAGGCAUGGGUGGCCUUGAACCUUUGUCCAGUGCUCUGUGCCAGGCCAGAGUCUGGGCAGUGUCAAAUGUUGUUUCUCAGUGAGAAACACUGAGAAAACCCUGUUUAGCCCUGUACACUGGCACUGGACCUGACCCCUGAGGGCGGGAGAGCCCGGGCUUCCAGCAAGGUAGGUUACUCAUCCCCAGACCGGGGGAAUCCUGGAACUGGAGUCGGCUGCACAUCCUGGUGCCUUAGGCAUGGCUCCAUCCCAUAUGCUGCCGGACAGAUAUCAGCACUGCCUCUUUACCUUCUCUCUCACUGGGGCUCCUCCAGCAGAUUUGUGUUUAUUGAGCUUCUCUGUGACAGAAGCCCAGUGGAGAGAGUUGCUACUAUUUGAUAUUGAAUUUUUAUCUAGGACGUGGUUUCUGGAGCUGCCCAGAACUCUUCCAAGAGCAUGUCUUUGGAACAUGUCCCAGGGCAGACCAAGUCUUGUAGGCUAGUGGGCUGUCCCUUAUCUGGGAGGCGGGCCAGAGGGCAGAGGAAGCAGGCCUUCUGGCUUGAGUAGUGCUGUAUCCUCUUCCCCAGAGCUUGCCUGAGCCUCACUGGGGACCAUCUUGAGGCCGAGUGCUCAGCCUGUGCCCAGCGGUCUAGGGAUUUGCCGUCUUCUGCUCCUGAAGGCCUGGGGUUCUGCACUUGGUUCUCUGGAUUCUUGUAUCUAGCAUCUCAGGAAAUUUGGGGAAGCAUUGCCACUUGGGUGUCAACCAGGGUCUGAAAUUUCAAGCUUUUGUACCUGAACUUGGGGGAGAAUUGGAAGUCAUACUUUCUCUGAAAGUAGCUGAACUCAUCAGAAGUUGAAUCAGAAGGCCAUGUUGUGAAGGCAUCUGGAGCGUUCAUAGCAGUUACCUUGUGGGUAAUACAAUAGGGGGAAAAAACCUACCUGCCUGGGGAGACCAUGCCCCUCUGUUCAAAGCUGGCACCUGAGAGGCAGCUCCUGGAGGGGACACAUUCCAGCAGACUGGCGGCCCAGCUGGUGCUGGGAGCCUGCCGCCUGCACCCGUUUCUCUCCUCUCUUGCUCCUGUCCCCCGGCCCUGGAAUCUCCUGGCAGAGCGCCUCUCUUUUCCUGUGGAGCCUUUGAGCUAAGAUGCCCUUUUAGCUUCUGCAAAGGUGAUCCUGGUUUAUCUCAUUCUGUGUUUUUAAAAGUAUACAGAGGAAAUAACUGAGAGUAGUUCUUGGAUAAAGUAGGUCGUCCAUUCUCAUAUGUCAGGUUUGCAGGAAAGUGGUUUUCAGGGGCACACAGGACUCCUGAAGACACUCACAGUCUUUGGGCAUCCAAUUCUCAAAUGGGGUGGUGAUCUGGGAUGUGGGGGCUAUCCGGAGACUGGAAAUGUGUGAUCUGGCAGAAGCUGGGGGUCUUCGACUUGUUUUUUUUAGUUGAAGUGGAACUCGUUUCUGGAAUGGACUCAAUAGGCUGUGUCUGAUGCACACAUUGGGUGACUCUUAGCGUGUCUUGGUAGGCCCCCAGUGUACUCCUUUUUUUUUUUUUUUUUCUUCUGUAAAGUCACCUUCUUGUGGCUGUUGUCACUCUGACAUCAGUGAGGUUGGGGGAACAGGACAGUCCUCAGAGUCACAGCACAGAUUUGCUGCCUGUGUGUGAGGACCCUUGAUUCAGAAGGUGCUGCUUGCUGUGCCUGAUGUAGGAACUUGAUUAUUUCAUCAUCAUGUUACUCACGGUCUGUUGCAGAGCAUCUUAGGCAAAGGAAGGAUCUGGUAGAGGUGGAUCUACCCCUUGUUGUACAAAGGAUCAUGUAAAGUCAUUGAACUUGUGAAAGUCUAUUUUUUUUCCCUGUAAAUCUAUUUUUCACAGAAUUUAAGAAACGUGAAUGACCUGAUCUUUCCUUCCUCCCCUUUCUCCUUCACCUAAAAUCCUCAUUCCAGUUUGUAUUGUCUUUGUGUCCAAAGUAAACUAGGUGACUUAUUUGUAUAAAAUGUUAUUUUGCCACAAGAGACAGUAAUAAAAGAAAGAUUUUCACAGUA